AUGGUCGAGCCAUCAAUACCACUAUACUUAUCUUUAGCAUUAGGUACAUUUGCUCUAAUAUGGGCUCUAAGGAAUUAUGUUAAACCUUCAACAUCAAGUGAUGAUAAUGAUAAUGAAGGCGGCAGAAGAGAUGCUACAGAGAGAUCAGGUCAAAUAAGAGUAUCUAAACUAAUCAUAUAUCCAAUCAAGUCAUGUCAAGGUAUUGAGUUGAAGAGAGUCAACUUGGACAAGUGGGGAUUGGAGAAUGAUAGACGUUGGAUGAUUGUACAGGAGGGUAGAUUCAUUACACAGAGAAAGUAUCCAGCAUUGGCAAACAUUGCUCCAUCAUUGGAUGGAAUGAAUCUGAUUGUUAGAGCACCGAAUGCUCAGGAUCUUAUAGUUCCAAUCAAUCUGGAGUCGCCCGCAAAGAUAGAGGUCACAGUAUGGAAGGAUACAAUGAUUGCCAAUGACUGUGGCGAUGAGGCUGCCACCUGGAUGAGCAAUGUGCUUCAGAUGCCGGACCUACGUCUGGUGCAAAUGGGUUCUGAACACCGUCGCGCCAUCAGAGAGUCGUACGCACGCACUUUGGUCGAUGGCGAGCCAACUCAAGAGGACCUAAACAAAUACCAAUUCACAUUUGCUGAUGCUAGCCAGGUGAUGAUACUCUCGCAGUCAUCAAUCGAUGACCUCAACCUCAGGGUGGAAGAGACUCGCGAUGAUAACAACGAGGAGCAGAGGAAGAAGAUGGACGAGCGUCGCUUCCGUCCCAACGUGCUGCUUCUGGGCACAUCGGCGUUUGAGGAGGACGACUGGAAGACCAUACGCAUUGGAGACGCACUGCUGCACAAGGUGGAUCGCACCGGACGAUGUAAAUUCACCACAGUCGAUCCCGACACGGCCGUCCUCAACCCAUACAAUGACAACGAGCCACUGCGAACUCUUGGCAAGUAUCGCAAGGACACCACUGGCGAAGUCUACCUUGGUAUCCUCAUGGUGUUGGCUGAGCCCGGUGAACUUCAAAUUGGCGAUAUCAUCGAUGUCAUUGAGAAGGACACAAACAAA